AUGCAGGGCUUCAAUAUGGGACGGUAUGUCCCACCGGACCAAGAAGGCCUUACGUCUGCGAACAAGUUAGCCGGCAAACACCCCCUCGGCGCCCGCGCCCGCCACCUACACACCACCGGCGCAUUAAUUGUCCGCUUCGAGAUGCCAUUCGCGGUAUGGUGCACAACAUGCAAACCGAACGAGACCAUAAUCGGCCAAGGCGUCCGCUUCAACGCCGAGAAGAAGAAAGUCGGAAACUACCACUCCACUCCGAUCUACAGCUUCCGCAUGAAGCACACCGUAUGUGGAGGAUGGAUUGAGAUCCGAACAGACCCGCAAAAUACGGCCUACGUCGUGGUGGAAGGUGGAAGGAAACGAGACACAGGAGAAAACAAGGAACUGCAACCGGGUGAAAUUGCCAUUCGACCGGGUUUUGCACAGCAGGACCCGGCUGAGAAGGAUCCGUUUGCGAAGCUGGAGGGGAAGGUCGAGGACAAGCAGCGAGCGCGAACGGAGGCGAGCCGCAUCUUGGAGUUGCAGGAGCGUCAGAGUCGUGACUGGGAUGAUCCUUAUGAGAAAUCGAAGCGGCUGAGACGCUCGUUCCGCUCGGAGAGAAAGGGGCUUGAGAAGUUGGAGGCGAAUCGGGAAGCUUUGAAGGACAAGAUGAGUCUUGGGAUUGAUCUCGUUGAUGAGACCGAGGGUGACCGCCAACGCGCGGGCAUGGUUGAUUUUGGCGAUGAUCAGACGACUGCUGUGGGAGUUACGGCGGCGCGUGCGACUCGAAUUCGGCCCAUGUUCGAAAAGAAGAUCGCAAGGGAGUCCCCGGAGUCGAAAUUUCGUGACAAGAGCAAGCGUGUGGCUUCACGAACGCGGACGACUGAUAUGAUCGCGCAACGGAAGACCUCCCUGCGGAAUGAGUUGACGGGGAACACGCGUGCAGCGGUGGAUCCUUUUCUCAACGACGUUGGGGAUGAGCAGAGUAUUUGGAGACCGAGCAUAAAACGCAAGAAACCUUCUUCUACAACUGGUCCAGAGGCGACCGCGAAGGUCGACGCCAGCUGUUCGAAAGAAGCUACAGCAGUCACCGUCACACCGAAAUCAGCCACUGGCCCGACAACACUAGCACCACCAUCAGCGCUGGUGGGUUAUUCCUCAGACACUGAGUAG